AUGCCACCUCCUCUCCUUCUCUUCUUCCUCCUCCUGUUCCUUACCCCCAUGGGAGUCGGGCCCCAGGAAACACACCUACUGGAGGCUAAAGAGGGAGGCAAUGCUGUGCUGCCAUGCCUUGAAGGUCUCUCAGAUGGUCCCCCUGAGCAGCUGGCCUGGUUUCGGGGCUCCCAAUCAACACCCUUCUUAGAGCUGAGACUAGGGUUACCAGGCCUGGGCAUCCAUGUAGGGCCCCUGGGCACCCUGAAGGAGCCCCAGGGAACCUUGCUGUUCAUCUUCAAUGUCUCCGACCAGAUGGGGGGCUUCUACCUGUGCCAGCCAGGCCCCUCUUCUGAGCAAGCCUGGCAGCCUGGCUGGACGGUCAGCGUGAAGGGCAGCGGAGAACUGUUCCGGUGGAAGGCUUCAGACCUAAAUGACCCAAGCUGUGGCCUGGGGGACAGGUCCUCAGAGGGCCCCAGGCCCUCUUCUGGUCACCCCACAAGGUCCCAGCUCUAUGUGUGGGCCAAGAACCGCCCUGAGAUCUUACACACAGACUCUGCCUGUGCCCCACCUAACGGCACUUUGAACCAGAGCAACAACCACGACCUCACUGUGGCCCCUGGCUCCACACUCUCGCUGUCCUGUGGGGCAUCCCGUACCUCAUUGGCCAGAGGCCCCAUCUCCUGGAUCCAUGUGCGUCCCAAGAAGCCUAGCAUCAAAUUGCUGAGCCUAAACCUGAGUGAGGAUGCCCAACUCAGAGAGAUGUGGGUCAUGGGCACCCUCGGGGGAAAGGCUGUUCUGUUGCUGCCCGAGAUCACAGCUCAAGAUGCUGGCAUCUAUCAUUGUAACCAUGGCAACGUGACCACCCAGGUGCAGCUGAAGGUCACUGCCCAGUCAGCAGUAUGGCAUUGGCUACUGGAGACUGGUUGCUGGAUAGUCCCUGUUGUGACUUUAGUUUAUCUGAUCUUCUGCCUGGGUGCCCUGGUGGGCUUUCUUCAUCUUCGAAGAGCCCUGAUCCUGAGGAGGAAAAGAAAGCGAAUGACAGAUCCCACUAGAAGGUUCUUCAAAGUGACGCCUCCCCCUGGAAACGGGGCCCAGAACCAGUACGGGAACAUGCUCUCCCUCUCCACUCCCCACUCAGGCACGGGACGCGCCCUGCGGUGGGCUGCGGGCCUGGGAGCCACCGUGCCGUCCUACGGAAAUCCGCCCAGCGACGUCCAGGAGGCCAGAGCCGCGGGGUCCCGGAGCCCACCAGGAACCGGCCCAGAAGAAGAGGAAGCGGAGGCCUAUGAGGAGCCGGACAGUGAGGAGGGCUCCGAGUUCUACGAGAACGACUCCAACCUUGGGCAGGACCAGCUCUCCCAGGAUGGCAGCGGCUAUGAGAACCCUGAGGAAGGGGUCUUGGGUCCUGAGGAUGAAGACUCCUUCUCCAACGCUGAGUCUUAUGAGAAUGAGGAUGAAGAACUGGCCCAGCCAGUUGCCAGGACAACAGACUUCCUGAGCCCCCAUGGGUCAGCCUGGGACCCCAGCAGGGAGGCAACCUCCCUUGGGUCCCAGUCUUAUGAGGAUAUGAGAGGGAUCCUGUAUGCAGCCCCCCAGCUCCGCUUUGUUCAAGCCCAGCCUGGUCCCAGUCAUGAAGAAGAUGCAGACUCUUACGAGAAUAUGGAUAAUCCCGAUGGACCAGAACCAGCAUGGCGAGGAGGGGGCCACAUGGGCACCUGGAGCAACUAGGUGAUUCCCUUCAGCAUGGGCCUCCUCAGGCCCCUGAGAUCCACACCUGACUCUGAAAUCUGGGACCCCCAGCAGAUGGCGCCAGCCUC